AUGGCUUCUGAAGAAGCUGCUGCUAGUGUGAUGAACUACUAUGCUUCUGGUAGACCUUACCUCCACCAUCAGCCUAUUUAUAUUAAGUAUUCCAAUCACAAAGAACUCGAGACUGACAACUUACCUAAUCAGGCUAGUGACCAAGCUGAGUUGCAAGCUCUGAAUAUUAUGUCAUCUGGAAGACAGGCUGUUAGACGUGUUCGUGUUCCCGAAACUGGGCUCCCUCCAGGUCAAGCUUGUGUUCUUCGGAUCAUUAUUGACAAUCUUACGUACCCUAUCACUUUAGAAGCACUAUAUCAGAUUUUUUCUAAAUUUGGAGAUGUUUUGAGGAUUAUCACCUUCUGUAGGAACAAUUACUUCCAAGCUUUGAUCCAGUAUUCUGAUCCAAUGCAUGCAUAUUAUGCCAAAAUGUGUCUGCAUGGUCGAAGUGUCUACAGUGGGUGCUGCACUCUGUAUGUCGACUUCUCCAAGUUGGUUAGUCUUAAGAUAAGGUACAACAACAGCAAAAGUAGAGAUUUUACUCGUAAUGACCUUCCUUCUGGUGAUGACAUGGAGCCACUCAUGGCUGCUGCCUCUGGCACCCAAAAUGUCAUCAUCCCAGCAUAUGCAGGGGCUGCUGGUUUUUUGCCACCUAUGGGCUUUUCUCAAGGAAGUCUCCCCUCUCUUAGCUCUGCUCCUGGAGCCUGUGGUUCUGUUGCAGUUAUGUCUUCACCAUACGGAGAAAUGCAUAUUCCUGAUGUUACUGAUGCUCCAGGAAGUCCUGUUUUACUCGUCAGGAACCUCAACCCUGAAGCCAUCACGCCACAAAGACUCUUCAACCUCUUUGGUAUGUAUGGCGAUGUGCAUCGUGUAAAGAUCAUGUUUAGGAAGAAAGGAACUGCUUUGGUUCAGAUGGCAGAUGCAACCCAGGCUCGCUUAGCUGUGAGCUACCUGAAUCGACAGAGGGUUUAUGGAAGAGUUCUCCGUGCUGCUAUUUCAAAAUACCAGGUGGUUCAACUUCCUCGUGAAGGGCAAGAGGAUUCAAAUCUGACAAAGGACUAUACCAACAGCACUUUACAUCGCUUUAAGAAGCUGGGCACUAGGAACAUCAAAAAUAUCUUUCCUCCGUCUGCUGUUCUGCAACUGUCCAACAUCCCGCCUUCUGUUACUGUUGAUCAUCUGAAGAACCUUUUAACAAAUAUGAAACUAACUGUGAAAGCUUUCCGAUUUUUCCCGAAUGAUUCCACAAUGAUUCUUACCCAGCUGGGCUCUGUGGAAGAAGGAGUUCACGCCCUUAUUGAGCUUCACAAUUAUGACCUUGGAGAAAACCAUCACCUCCGAGUUUCCUUCUCAAAGCCUAUAAUCUGA